AUGGGGAAGAGUAGCCUUGUCCUUGUUGUGGUCUUCGCCUCCUUUGUCCCUCAUAUACGUCAGGCUUGGCUAGGCAAGGGCGCUGGAGACAUCUCAUUGCUUUACCUACUGUUCAAUGUGAUUUGUUCUACAGAGCAUUUAUUCUUCGCUUUCUUUUUCACAAUCAACGUUCGACUCGACGAACUCCCGGAAGAUCUCCCUCCCGACAUCCGUAUCGAGCCCUACUGGACUCACUUUCCGCGCAAUGCACUUGACUGGAUUAACUUCUCCCAAGUGAUGGGUGUAUGGGCAUUGUUUAAUAUCCUGCUGGGGCUGAACCUCUACCACAGACUGACCAGUCGCCUUCGCAAGACCUUACUAAUGGUCAUUUACAUCGGCUUUCUCAUUUUUACCCUAGGGCCUCUGAUAACAGAUGCAGUAUCAGACACCUUCUGUCCUUUAGACCAUCCGAACUGCCCUUGGCAUGAGCGCGACGCUAUCGCUCUCUUUGAGGGCCUUCAUUCCUUUAUUCUCCUACCAUUCUUAUCGACUAUACCUCUGGUCAUAGGAAUGUACAAACAAGUCCGCAGCCCCCUACAAACUCAAAGUCUGAUGGGGCUGAAGCUUCAAAUAGCGGCCUUCAUGCUCUCGGCAGUCUUCUGGAUCCCCAGACUCUCUGCUCCAUGGGAUUUAAUCCUGGAAUACCUGAAAGAGGGACACCCUAUUGGUAUCUUUAUUUUGGGAUGGUACCGAACGGUGGGGUUCGAGACUUUCAAUGAUGCGGUAUUUGCUUUGGGGCAGGGGAUAUUGCUGUGGUUGACUUUGCGACAGAACAGACGUGCCGAGGAGGGAGAAAGACAGCCGCUUUUGGCGUGA